AAUAAUAAUAAUAUAGGGGUGUUCCUUAAGGCAAUAAGAAAGAGCUUGGCAGUCGAGAGGAAUGGCGCAAGGAAGUGAUCUAAACUUUAAAGGAAGAAAGACCUCUGAAAAAAUUUCAGAAAAUGUACACAUUUUCGCCAACGAUCCGUCCUUAGCGUUCUUUCGAAUUCAGGAACACAUUCGCAAGGUGUUGCCUGCAAUCCUAGAGAAACGAACCGAAGUUCUUAGUCUACAAAGCAACUUGCAAGGGCAUUGCUUCGACAUGGAAUAUGGUGUGCAAGCACUAAAAUCUAUAGAAAAAUCGGAAAGCACUUUUUGUAAUAUACAAGAAAUCAUGAAGACUUCAAUAUUUUUAAAACAACAGCUAAAGUAUGAAGAAAACCGGAAGAAAACAAAAAAGGACAGCAUAAAGAACUCUGUAUAUAAACGAUUUUCAGCACACCUUGCUUUAGAUCUUCCAGAUUUAUCAGAUUUUAGCGGCGUUAUGCGUGACACAACCCAACGUAUGGAGACAAUAAUAUCAACAGGUCAAGCUCGACCAGACACUUCAACGGCUCAACCUAAUUCAGUUGAGUUUCAAAGGUCUCACACAACUUUACAUUAGUUGCUGAAUUUUUGAGCU